AUGUCGCAGCCGGACCAGGUCACGUCGCGGCCGGUUGCAUGCCUCCACUGCCGCCGCCGGCGCUCGUACUGCUCCAAGGAGAAGCCGACGUGCUCGCGGUGCCGCGACGCGGGGCUCGAAUGCGUCUACGAGGGCGCGCGCAAGGUGCUCGUCAACGAGACGUACCUGCGCGAGCUCGAGGCCAAGUCCAAGGCGCUCGACAAGGUGCUGGCCGGCGGUGCGCCCAAGGACGGCGAGCAAGAUGCGGAGGCCAGCCAGGCCAAGCAGCACCAUCACGACUUUGACGAGCACGAGCCGCUGGUGGCGCUGACGCGGCUGAGCCUCAACUCGACCAGCUUCCAGGGCCCGGCGUCGUCGGACAGCUUCCUCCGCAGCGUGCGCAAGCUGUCCGGGCUGGGCGAAGGCGAGGGCGAGGGCCUGGCGCGCAGCCUGUACGAGCCCGACGCCCUGCCGUCGCGACGCCAAGUGAGACGCUCGCGGCUGCCGCCCAUCGACAUUGCGCGGCGGCUGUUUGCGGCGCAGUACAUGUACAUUGGCACCAUCUUUGCGUUUACGGACCCGCGCGAGUCGUUUGAGCGGCUGCUGAUGGAGGCGUACCGGCGCGGGCCCCCGGACGCCGACGACCGCGAGGCCUGCCUCAAGCACGCCAAGGUGCUGCUGGUGCUGGCGUUUGGGCAGCUGUACUCGGUCAACCAGUGGGUCGACUUCCGCGGGCCGCCGGGGUUCGACUACUUUACCGACGCGCUGGGCCUGCUGCCGGAGACGCACGAGGAGGGCUCGGUGCUGAGCGUGGAGACGCUGGCGCUGGCGGGCUACUUUAUGGCCAACAUGAACCGGCGCGACGCGGCGUUUCAGUACAUUGGCAAGGCGGUGCGCAUGGCCGUGUCGCUGGGCCUGCACGAGGAGGUGGAGUGGCCGACGGCCGGGGAGGACGACGACGGGGCCGAGGCGGAGCACCGGCGGCGCGUGUGGUGGUCCGUCUACAGCAUGGACCGGAUCCUGUGCGUCAAGUCGGGCAACCCCAUCAGCAUCCAGGACGAGGACGUGGGCGUGGGCCCGCCGUCGCGGCUGGCGGGCGACGCCGAGUACUGCCCGGCCGUGGUGCUGCGGCACUACACGGAGCUGUCGCGGAUCCUGGGCCGCAUCCACACGACCAUCUACCGGCGGCCGGGCCAGGGCGCGCCGCGCUCGGGCCGCAGCCUCAUCGCCGCGGUGCAGGCCAUCAUGACGGCGCUGUCGCGCUGGCACCGCGAGCUGCCCGACGGGCUGCGCUUCGAGCCCGCGCGCCUGCGCUUCAGCCGCGAGAGCGUCGGCGCCCUCGCCCACUACUACCAGUGCAUCAACAUGGCGGUGCGCCCGCUGCUGUUCCACGUCGUGCAGCGGCGCCUGCGCGCGGGCGAGCGGGGGGGGGACUGGCGCGAGGGGCUGUCGCCGACGACGGUGCGCGUCGUCGACAUGUGCGUCGGCGCGGCGCAGGACGUGGUCAACAUGAUGGCCAUAGCUGCGCAGCGCGACAUGGUUGCAACGUACGGCUACAUGGACGGCGAGCACAUCUUUUCCGCCACCAUCGUCCUCGUCAUGGUGUGCGCCGCCUUCCCCCCCGACGCGGCGAGCGCGGCGGCCACCGAGACGGGCCUCGGGCUGCUGCGUGCCAUGGGCGAGCGCGGCAACAGCCACAUGGGCGCGCGGUACGAGCUGCUCGCGAGCCUGCACUCGCCGCCGGUGCAGACGCAGCCUUUCGCGGCCGGGGACCCGGGCGUCGUCGAGGUGCCGCCCGCCUUCCCCGUCGUCAGCAACAGCGCCCUCGAGGAGCCGCUGCACGACGACAUGGACCUGCGGCUGUGGGAGGAGGGCUUUGCGUACCCGGCCAUGGACCUGGACCUGCCGGGGAGCAUGAGCCUGUCGGAUUUCAUGUACGGCGUGGGCGAUGCGUGA